AUGGCGGCCAUUCCCAUCACCAUCGUCACGGGCUUUCUCGGCGCCGGCAAAACCACGCUCAUCUUGAACCUUAUCCCGCAGCUCAAGGAAACGAACCCGGACUACAAGCUCGCGCUUCUCAAGAACGAGUUUGGGGACUUGGCGGUGGACUCGCAGCUGGCCUCGUCCAACGCCAUCUCGGGCGUGCGCGAGCUCCUCAACGGCUGCAUCUGCUGCAACCUCGUCGGGCAGCUGGGCGAGGCUCUCGAGCAGCUGCGCGAGACGGUGACGCCGGACCGCAUCAUCGUCGAGACGUCGGGGUCGGCGUUCCCGGCCACGCUCGCCCUCGAGAACUGGGAGGGCUACGAAGACACGAGCUACACGGCGCGGAUCCAGGCGCGAUACACGGACCUGGUCGUCUUCAACAAGUGGGAGCCGUGCUCGGAGAUGAGGUUCGACAUCUGCCUGGACCGGCUGGGCGAUCUCGAGGUGGACGUGGCCUGGGUCAAGAGCAAGAAAGGCUGGGUUUCGGCGGAUCUGAUCUUUGGCGUGGAUGGGGCGCUCGCAAAGGACUUGGCGGAGCACCACGGCGAUGGAGCUGGCGAUGGCCACGAGCACGACCACGACCACGGCCAUGCGCACAAGCACAACCACCAAAGCGAGGUAGAGGUGCUCUCCGUCGAGGUCAGCAGUCCCGAAACAGGGUCGGCCAUUGACACGACCAAGCUCAUGUCGCUCCUCAAGGCGGCGCCCAAGGACGAGGUGUAUCGAAUAAAAUCCGUCCUCACGCUCUCCGCGGCCCCGCACAACUCGGACGACGACGAGAAGAUGCCGGCCGCGGCGAACCCGAGGGGCCGGUACAUCCUGAACUGGGCGUUUGGGCGCUGGACCUUCAACCCGCUCGCCGAAGAGGCGAGCGAGCACGAGUCCAGUGACAAGACUACGUUGAGGAUGACGAUGAUCUUUGCGCGAUACUCGAGCACCAAGUGGAAGAAGAAGUUGGAGGCCGGCGGGUUCUUGGAUCUGGAGGGCGACAACAAGGGCGAGUUGAAAGUCACAAAGAUAGCCUAA